AGUAUGUAAAUGUCAUUUUUCUAACAAAUUUACAAGAUUUUUACGCUAGUUAGGGCAAACGAUUAAUUUUCCAUGUUUCCGGGAGUGCUUUGAACCGUGCGAAGUGAGAUUUGGGGCGAAAUGCGGCCGUCGGAGGAGCAUAACCUCGGCGGAGUCUCACGGGCGUGCAUCACGUAACGUCUAGAAUGGCCCGAUGGUGAGGACCGCAAUGGUGCUGAGUACCGAGUGGGCGCAGGUGGAAGUCGUAGAGCUGACCAACGACGGCAACGGGCUCGGGUUCAACCUGGUGGGCGGCAGGAGCACGGGCGUCGUGAUCAAGUACGUGCUGCCGGGCGGGAUCGCCGAGAAGGACGGCCGGCUGCAGAGCGGCGACCACGUCCUGCAGGUCGGCUCCGUCAACCUGCGCGGCUUCACGUCGGAGCAGGUGGCGGCGGUGCUGCGCCAGGCCGGGCCCGCGGUCCGACUGCUGGUGGCGCGCCCCGCGGACCCCGCCGCAGCCCUGCGGGCUCCGCUCCCGGGCACGGCGCUCGUCCCGACCAAGCUGCUCGCCGACCCCGAGCUGCUCGACCGACACCUGAUCGAGUGCGGCUACGGCGCCGUCUACGACCUCUCCCAGUGCUACACGGACUACAUCAACGGCCAAAACGGCGACUCCGAGAACAUCGUAGCGGCGGCCGUCAGCGUGGUGGGCGACAACCCUCAGCAGAUCCCCGACCACCCCAUUGUAGCGGACACCGUCUCCCCGACCAUCACCAUCACUGUACCUGUAGAGUUGCCUAAUUUACCUGAAGUAGAAGUAGUUCACGUGGACCUGAAUAAGAAUGUGUACGGGCUGGGAAUCACUGUAGCCGGCUAUGUUUGUGAGAAAGAGGAGCUCUCUGGAAUUUUUGUGAAGAGCAUAAUAGAAGGAAGUAGCGCAGAGCAGAGUGGUAAAAUUAAGAUAAAUGAUAGAAUAAUAGAGGUGGACGGUGUGUCCUUGAUAGACAAGAGCAACCCUCAGGCUGUGGAGAUUUUAAGGAAUACAGGAAUAUCUGUUCACCUUGUGUUGGAGAGAUACUUAAGAGGUCCAAAAUAUGAACACCUUCAGUUAGCUAUAUUUAAUGAGGAGAGACCAUCGUCACCCUCUCCAUCUACUACGACCCUUACCUGGUUCCCAGUGCCUUCCCAAGCAGAAAAUAGUGUCACAGAGAUAGAACCUGAGCCUGAGUCAAACACUACCAUAGAUUCAAGUGUCUUGGAAGUGGGAGAAUUAGAAGAAACCAACGAACCAACACAAGAGGAAUUAGACAGGAGGUUUGAUGAAAUUUUAGCUGUAAGUGAUGAGGAGAUAAAGAAGAAAUGGGAAACUGAAGUAAAUGGUAAAGAGAUUAUUGUAGGUGAAGUUAGAAAACUAGAAGGCCUUGGCAUUAGUUUAGAAGGCACAGUGGACGUUGAAGGAGGCCAGGAAGUGAGGCCUCACCAUUACAUUAGGUCUGUGCUCCCCGAGGGCCCAGUUGGGCAACAGGGUACAUUUUUGGCUGGUGAUGAACUUCUAGAAGCUAAUGAGUACAGAUUACAUGGCUUAACACACACAGAAGUUGUCAACAUAUUGAAACGCCUGCCUAAUCGUGUUCGCUUGGUGUGUGCAAGGAGCAGUAGUGAGAGUGGUCCACGACCACUUAUUAAUUUAGCUCCAGACAGAGAGGGCUUUGAAGCCAGGAAAAUUAUAUCAGGCAGCCUCAACAACCUGACAACACUUGUGAAAGCUCAAUCUGAUACUUCAAUAAACACAUCCAGCACAGCAACUCUGACCAACCACUCUGGUCACUCAAGAAAAUCUAGGUCACUUGAGUGUGUAUCAGGAUUAGCUAUGUGGCAGAGCAAGGAGGACAUUGUGCAGCUUGUCAAAGCAGACCAAGGGCUGGGCUUUUCGAUCCUCGACUAUCAAGACCCCAUAGAUCCCAAUGGCACUGUGAUAGUGGUAAGAAGCUUGGUACCUGGUGGAGUGGCUGAGAAAAAUGGCGAAAUAUCGCCAGGAGACAGAGUGAUGUCGGUUAAUGGAGUUAGUAUUAAGAAUGCUACGUUAGACCAGGCAGUGCAGGCGCUCAAGGGCGCUCCCAGAGGCACGGUCAAAGUGGGCAUAGCCCGGCCCUUGCCUCCACACGACUCCAAGUCUAAAAGCACAACAACACUGAAUACUAAACCGAGUUAAUUGUAACUCCUUGUGAUUACUUAACCGUACUAGUCAAAGUUUGAAGUCAUAUCUACUUACUUGAGCUUAGGAUGUGGUACAUAUCGGAAUGCUGGUAUUUCCGGUGGAACUGAAAUGCCGUCUGGUAGGCAGCACUGUGCAGGUCCUAUAGACUAGUCAUUGAGGGCAUUUUGUGAGUGCCACAGGGUUUGAUAUUGUCCACAUAACAUAGAAAAUAUCUGCUUUCAUAACAUGUAUAAUCACUUUACUGUUUGAUUUUUACAAUUUUGUUACAUGCUAAAACUUUUUUACACCACAAUAAAUUAUAGCCUCUCACUAUGUAUUCUAUGUUAUGUGAGCAACAAUCAACAUAAAGCUCACAGUUCAGUACCGAGCUCAAUAUCUAUGAUACAAUAAUAUUUUACGCUUUACUAGGUAGAUAAUAUUUUUUACAUAAGACACAUCAUCAUGCUCUUUUGUACUGCACACAAUUUUAAUGCAUAUUAAUAACAAGGUUUUACAAUGUCUUGAAUUUUCCCUUAUAAAUAAUUUCUUUGUCAUUGUAGUUCCGUAUUAAUUCAGUAGAUUUUUAUAAAUUCACAAUUUCAAGACAUUGUAAAAUAUACUUAUGUAAUUAAUACUUAAUUUAAAACUUGUGCAUCAAACCUUUUAACGAACAUUUAGAUCUUUAGCAAAUCUAGUUUUAAUGUCACUGACCUGUAGAUACUAACCUAAGGGAACAAUUGUGAAUGUAACUUUAUGUAAAUAAUUGAAUCAUUUUUGAAUCUCAUUUAUUGAGGUAUCUGUAAAACGGAUUUGAAUAUGAAUUGAGUUCUUGCCAUUUGGUUUAUGUUCCCUGUGUAUUAUAUUGUACUUAUUGCUAUAAUGUACCACAGCUUUAACAUUUAACAUUAAGUUUUUACUCAUCUAAAGUGAUUAUGCCAAUUUAAUAGAAAACCUACGAGAUUUAAUAAUGUUUUAAAAAUCCCACUCACAAAUUAACGAAAAUGUAUACUAAUAUAGUUACAUGCUUGAUUAAAUGGAAUAUACCUUUUACAAUUAGUGAAAUGUUUAGCCUUUAUUUGAGUGGGCUAUUUUUCAGUUGUAUUACAGGCGCCGACUGUGGGAUGCCUGAUAGGUCAUUCUUCAUUGAUCAUUUACCAUUUAUGCCAGUUACAAUAAUGCCUAGUUAUUUAAAAUCGCCUUUAAAAUAUUUGAAAGUAAUCCCUCAUAAGUCCUUACAUUUUAGGAUUGGAUUUCCACGCCUUCAGUUCGGGCGGGAAAAAUAAUUUCGCUUUAGGCGAUUAUCACACUGCGCCGCGCUCCGCCGCGGUCCGCGUGAUUUCAUAUAAAAAUCCCGCGCGCGUUGUCAGUGUGUUGUGCCGCGCGUGGUUUCUAUACAAACUGAGGUACUUGCAUACAAUGAUUAAAUCUGUCGUCCCGCGUACCGCGGCGGAGCGCGGCGCAGUGUGAUAUUCGCCUUAGAGUUGUAUGAUGAAUCUGCAUGUCAUUAGUAUUGGGUUUUAGUAGGGAUUAAACCCAUAUGUUUAUAUUCUCCCUUCAUUCAUAUUAAGUUGUUUUUGUGCUGUAAGGCAUCAGACUAAAGUAAAAUGAAUCAAACAGUAGCGGCGUAAGGGGGGGGCGGUCCGCCCCGGGUGCCAAGCAUCAGGGGGUGACACAAGUCGCGCAGAUUAGUGGCGCAUCUGCAUGGCAAGUCUACGAUCUAUGUCAUGAUACGGGGGGGUGCGAUUAUCUUUCAUUAGGACUAAUGACGGGGGGGGGGGGAUGAUCGCCCCGGGUGCCAACCCAUGCUACGCCGCCACUGGAAUCAAAACAGUCGGUGCCGGUAAAAGCUGACUUUGCACUAUUUAGGGAGCACAUGUGAUAUGAGUGUUAAAUAACUUUAAAUCUGACUAAUGUUGUCGUCGAAUAGUCAUGUCUAACCUCGUUAUAAUUUUAUUGCAUUAAAAUAGACAAAGUCUAUAAAUAAUAAUAAUACUCCGCCAUGAUGCAUUUAUUUUUAACGAUCUCAAAAUUUUAAAAGUAUUUUAGUCACUUUUCGAUCUUCUCAAUGCCUUAUCUAAUAUAAAUGCAAAUAUACAUUCUAGGGAAUAUCCUUCGAGACAGUGUCUCGGGCAGUAUCGAGUGAAAACAAAUAUUUAAUUCGAUAUCAGAAUUUCGUGUCUCAGGGGAGACUGGAUCCGCCGCCACUUAUACUCGAGUCUCUUGUUUGUACAAAAUAAAUGGGACUUGUUAUUGGGGCAUCAAUUUCAUCUGAGACCUCGUGCCGAUUUACAAGCGCUGCUUUUUAUUGUAUCCUGAUCUUCGGAGCAAAAGCUUGCUAAUUAAAAUUAAAUCCAACAUGAAAUAACUCUGCGAAUUUGCGGUUGUAACUUAGAUAUACUUAGAUUUAAAUCUCACGUCACCGAUAUCUUCCCAACCACCGCACUCCUUGGCACCACCUAAAGAUGGCCGUUGUGUUCAAGGGAGCACGCGUAGUAAAUACAGCGUGAUUCUCUGGAUACAGCGACCCUAAAUGUAUAGUUCACGUCAUAGCGAUAGUAUUUCCAAUUGUGAAUAAUGUACAUGUUAAAUCCUGGCAUUGAUUAAUCACAUGCAAUAUCUAUUUGUAUCUGAAAGCUUUAUUUUGACAAAUACGAAUGUACAAAAUAUUAUAUUAUAUUUUACUGGUUGUUUUGCUUGAAUGUUUAACAAUUGUUUGUAUUUUAAGCAUUUGUAUUAUGUUUGUACUUAAUAGUUAUGUUCAUGUAAUGAAAGUAAUUAUAUUUUCUACUAAAUGUGUUGAUUUUAAGAGAUUUUUUAUUGUGAUAGAGCCACAGCUAAGUUUGUAUUUACCUAAUCAGUUUCAUUUGCAAAAUGUAACUAAAGUACAAUUAAUAACUUUACUCGCAUUUUCUUCUUGUUUCGCUUCAGCCAUACAUUACACAUUUCUGAACAUAUUUCCGUACCAGAUAGAGAUGUAUGUGUAAUAAAAUUUUAUAUUUUUGUAUUCGAAUAAGCCUUCUAGGACGCCAAUAUAAAAGAACCUCUACUUCAACGUAAUUUGAAAAGAAGUGUCAUAAAAUACGUAUUAUUGCGUGACAUCGCUACAUGAUCAUGCUGUAUAUAACUGUCUUUACAUUGGCGUUCUUGGAAACAAUAUCCCAUAGUCGAGUUAGCAGAUCAAUAUUGAAAUACAUAUGUAUGUUACUAAGAAUCUUCCGUUCAGGCAGACUGAAAUAGUUCAUAGUAAAUGUUCCGUUAAAUGUUGAGAGUAUGUGAUGGCGCAGAUCAGUUGUUAUAAUUUGCCGAUAGUGAGUUAAGCUUCAUGUUCCUAUUAGUAAAUAUUAUACCAGUUAAGCCCUUGAUAGAAAGAGGAAAAGUGAGAUUAAUCCUUUUUUAAUUUUUUUUUAUGCAAGACAAGGCAGGUAUUUGACCGCAAUCGCACCUGGUGUUAAUUUAUUGCAAUAUUCAAAAUGAUCAGUCGGAAACUGCUUGCCAUACCUGUCUUUGGGAAAAUGUUGAAAAUAUCUCUAUAGUAAGUAUAGUCAGCGUCAAAUAGUUCGUGACACUUAAAGAAGCCAAUGCAUUCGCAACAUCUUUGUUACUGGAAUAAGGUGGUGGGGUCAACUUUUUGGCCACUUUGGGUGUCACGAAAGUAUUUGACUCUGACAUACAGAACCAUGUUUUCCUGUGUAAUUACUUGAAACAUCUACGAAUCACAUUAAACAUAAGGUUUUUUUAAUUUUAGUAACACGUAAACCUGUUUUUAAAAGCUCUUUCUGUCAAGGGUUAAAAACCGUUAAUUUUCAGAUAAUUUCAACUCUAGCAGUUGGAAAUAAAUUCAUAUCUCGGCCAUCACAUAUUCCUUACACCCGUGAAGUGUGAUCGUGUUUAGUUGGCGCACUGUAAGAUACGUGACAUACGACACCACAACUUAGCCUUACACUCGAAUGUAAGUUAAACGAAAAUAAUAUAAAAAUAAGCAAAA